ACAAGUAUUGAGACCGUGGCAGGAAACGGUUAGUCCAAAAAUUAUAUUUACUUUUAUUUCUGUUCGUUUGUGUUUUUUGAACAUCAACUCAACUGAGACGCAUACCUUCCAAACAUGUCCGAGUUGCUGGAAGAUCAUGGCGAAUAUGUCUGGGUUAGACCACAAAAUAACAGCAGCGAGUUCGCAGUGCCCUUCGGGGCGCGCAUCGUGCGGACAGAGAAGACGAAAACGCUGAUCUGUGACGAUCAUAAGAAACAGUUGUGGGUAACAGCAGAGGAUAUAGUUAAGGCCAUGCACCUGACCUCACGGGGCGAUGUAGAGGACAUGAUAACGCUUGGGGACCUGCAGGAGUAUACGAUAUUGCGUAACCUCGAGAACCGCUAUAGCAAGAAACUGAUCUAUACUUACACGGGUUCAAUGCUUGUGGCCAUAAACCCCUACCAAAUAUUACCCAUCUACACGCACCAUGAUGUUCAACAGUACCGCAACAAAAGACUGCACGAUUUACCUCCGCAUAUCUUCGCGAUCAGCGACAAUGCCUUUCAGCAGCUGCAGAGGCACCAAGCCAAUCAAUGUAUUGUUAUCAGCGGUGAAUCGGGCGCAGGAAAAACAGAAAGCACCAAACUUAUACUACAGUACCUUUCGACCAUAAGUGGCAAGCAGUCUUGGAUCGAGCAGCAGAUUAUCAAAGCUAAUCCCAUAAUGGAGGCGUUUGGCAAUGCAAAAACUAUGCGCAACGACAACUCGUCGCGCUUUGGGAAGUACAUAGACAUACGAUUCACGGAGCAGGGCAGUAUUCAGGGAGCCAAGAUCGAGCAGUACUUGCUCGAAAAGUCACGUAUUGUAUUCCAAAGUACGGGUGAGCGCAACUAUCACAUAUUCUACUCUAUGUUGGCCGGACUGACUCAGCCAGAGCUGCAACGUCUAAUGAUAAGGGAGCAGUCGCCUAGCAAGUAUCGGUACCUGGCGCAGGGCGGUUGCUAUACUCUGGAAGGCAAGAGUGAUGCUGAGGAGUUUGCUGAAAUACGGUGCGCCAUGAAGAUGCUAUCGUUUGCCUCAGACGAGAUGUGGAACAUUUUUAGUCUGCUGGCUGCUAUCCUUCAUCUAGGAAACUUACAAUUUAGGGCCACUGAGGUCUCUAACUUGGAGACUGUCGAGGUGGAUGAUACACAGAACUUGGACUGCGUAGCUAAACUGCUCGGUAUAAAUGUCUCUUCGCUAAAUCUGGCAUUGACUCAACGCACUAUCUAUGUUCAUGGCGAGCAUGUGGUGACAAGCCUGUCUAAGGACGUAGCUUUCGAGGGACGUGACGCUUUCGUCAAGGCGCUCUAUAAUGCCAUAUUUGUGCGAAUCGUGCGCCGUAUUAAUGAGACUCUGGACAAGGACGCAAGCAAGACUCUGAAUACAAUUGGUGUCCUAGACAUCUUUGGAUUCGAGAACUUUGAAACCAAUAGCUUUGAGCAACUUUGCAUCAACUAUGCCAACGAGAACUUGCAACAGUUUUUUGUCAGGCACAUAUUUAAGAUGGAGCAGGCCGAAUAUCAAAAUGAAGACAUUAACUGGCAACACAUUGAAUUUCACGAUAACCAGGAAAUCCUCGACCUUAUUGGUAUGAAACCCGUCAAUAUCAUGUCACUCAUUGACGAGGAAUCAAAAUUUCCUAAAGGCACAGAUCAAACGCUCUUAGAAAAGUUACACGUACAGCACGGUAAUCGGUCCAUUUAUGUGAAGGGCAAGACCACGCAGACUUCUUUGUUUGGAAUACGGCACUACGCUGGUGUUGUUAUGUAUAAUCCGCUGGGUUUUUUGGAGAAGAAUCGAGACUCGUUCAGCACAGACCUCCGUGCAAUUGUUAAAAAUUCGAAAAACAAAUACCUUGUGGAUAUAUUUCCAAAAGAGCUGCCUAUGGACACCGCCAAGAAGCAGCCGACUUUGUCCGUGAAGUUUCGUAACUCCCUUGAAUUGCUGAUGCGUACAUUGUCCUCGGCUCAUCCUUUUUUCAUACGGUGCAUUAAGCCAAACGAGUCUAAGGAACCUAAUAACUUUGACAAGGACCUUUGUGUACGGCAACUGCGCUAUUCCGGCAUGAUGGAGACGGCACGUAUUCGUCGGGCCGGGUAUCCCAUUCGUCACACAUACCGAGAAUUUGUCGAACGCUAUCGCUUGCUGGUGCCGAAAAUAGGUCAACUAGAUAAAUGUGACUGUAAGCAGGUGGCUCAACAAAUAUGUAAGACUUCGCUGCCGGUCUCACCGGAUCUGCAGUUUGGUCGCACUAAGAUAUUUCUGAGGGAUGACGAGGACACCAGCUUGGAGAAGGAGCGUUCACGUAUCAUUCUGCAUUCCAUCAUCACUAUACAAAGAGGCUUCCGAAGAGUGAUCUUUCAACGUUACCAGCAAAAGUACCAGGCCGCCGUCAUCACCGUACAACGUUUCUGGCGAGGGCGUCUGGCACGAUCUAAGUAUCUUAUUAUGCAACAAGGUUUCCAUCGCCUUGGCGCCUGCAUUGCGGCCCAACAGUUGACACAUAAGUUCAUAAUGGUCCGCAGCCGCAUAAUAAAGCUGCAGGCUCUAAGCCGUGGCUAUUUGCUUCGCCAGCAAUUCCGCGCCAACUUGGCAGCCGAACGAUUGAAAAAGGCAGAAGAGAAGGAGCGAAAGGCAAAGCAACGCCGUUCGCUUCAACUAGAAGCGGAGCAACAGCUUAUGCAGCAGGAGCAAAAGCUCAGAGAGCAGGAGUCACAACUGAGGGAACAGGAGAAAAUUAGGCAACAAGAGAAAGAGAGCGAACGGCACUUAGCAAUGGAGAGAAACGCAGCUGCAAUGGCGGCACUACAUCAACCAAAACGUACGAAAUCCCUCAAAUAUACAGAAGCUAAUGGUCGAGGAGGUAACGACAUUGUGGCGAACAACAACAGCUACAUAGAUGUAGAGUCAUCGAAACAAAUCGUAGAUGACGUAUUUGGAUUUCUGAAUGACGAAGCUGAUGUGAGUGGUCCUUUGGGUCCCAACGUUAAAGAAAAAUCUCAGAUGUUCGAGCGAGAGUUGCGGCUGCGAAAGGACAUUCCAACGAAGCUAUUGUCUAGACCCGUUAACUACUACGAAGCAGCACCCCGUAAGAUUAUUAAUCAGACACGCCUCUAGUCAUUCCGUCUCAGGGUUUUUUGAGCUCUCUGAUAUUAAGUUAAAAAAUGUAGGCCAAUGUUCGUCUAAUACAUCAUAAUGCGACCGUUAAAAUAGCCGUACGGUGAAAAGAUAACCUAUACUUCUGAUUAAAAGCUCUAAAUACCAACUAACUUGUAGCGGAGUUGCCAAAAAGAGUCGCCAUCACCUUGUCGGUCCUGUCCGACUACGAGAAGGUGGUUAUGGUGCUUCCCAGUUCGUUCAAACAGCCCAUAAGCCAAAAAUUUACCUUCUUGACUCGGAUACAUACUUUUCAACAGCAUCUACAAGUAUGUACUUUGCGAACAAUCUAAAUGAAAUACUCAACUGCAUUUGUUUUCAUAAUAUUUGGUCAUAUUCGAAUUUUGGUAUUUUUCAGGCUUGUCUUCGCCAAAAUGUUGUUUACUUCAUCAAGUGAUUUGUGAGAUAGAUAUAAGUUUUUUUUUAAAGG